AAGACAGAAAACUAAACAAAUGUUGAGGAAUCACAUCGAGGUUUUGUGCAGAUUUCGAAGUUUGUUAUCGAUAGCCGUGUGAAAAAAGUGGUUCAGCAAUGAAUUAUUGAAAGAUAAUUGAAGAUUUCUAAGAUGGCGUCUGCUAGUAAAAUAUUUACAGGCUUUAGAGCACUGGGAUACGUUAGCAAUCACAUCCCUUUAGCUGUUCGACAUCAUAACAAACGAGGCGAAAACUAUGUGGUAACGUCAGUAGGAAAGGCGUUUCACACUUAUAAUUGCUCAAGACUUGGGAUUGUUAGCGUCAGUAACAACCACCCUGGGGAGAUCGAUUGCUUAGCUGUGGAUGCUUUUUUGGUGUUCACAAGUUGUCAGAAUGUGGUGCGGGCUUUUGACCGAGGCAGGCAGGUUAUCCACACAUAUGAAGGUCAUGAGGCAACUGUUCAUCUCCUCCUGCCAUUUGGGAAUCACCUUAUUUCCGUGGACAAGAACAGUUGUAUGAAAAUCUGGGAUAUCAGAUCUGAAGAACUGUAUCUGGAAAUACAGUUUGAGAACAGAAAUUUCCAGGUGACUGCGUUGAUGCACCCAAACACAUACCUGAACAAGAUUGUGCUGGCCAGCAAACAGGGAACAAUGCAGUUGUGGAAUAUCAAAACAAACAAACUCGUUUACACCUUCAAAGGCUGGAAUGAAGCAAUUCUUGUCCUAGAGCAGGCUCCAGCAGUGGAUGUGGCAGGGAUUGGUAUGGCAGACGGACAAAUCUACUUACAUAACCUCAGGUUUGAUGAAACUGUCAUGAGCUUCCGGCAGGAAUGGGGACCCGUCACAGCAAUAUCAUUCCGAACAGAUGGACACCCCGUGAUGACUACAGGAAGUUCUGUUGGGCAUAUUGCAUUGUGGGAUUUAGAAGAGCGAAAGCUGAAGAGCCAGAUACGACGAGCUCACGACAGUGCUGUGUCUGGGAUGAAGUGCUUACCCUGUGAGCCUCUGAUGGUCACUUCCUCACCUGACAACUCGUUAAAGGUGUGGAUAUUUGAUCUUCCGGAUGAAGGGGGACGACUCUUGCGCCAGAGGGCAGGUCACAGUGCCCCACCGUCCAAACUCUGUUACUAUGGUGAUAAGGGUCAGACCAUUCUCAGUGCAGGACAGGACAGUACCUUGAGGUCAUUCUCCACCGUGCAUGAAAAACACAGUAAAAGCUUGGGAAGAGCGUCCUAUAAUAAAUCCAACAGCAAGAAGUCAGGACUGAAGAAUGAUCGACACAGGAUGCCUUCUGUUGUUGAAUUAGCUGCAGAACCUUGUAGAGAAAGUGAUUGGGACAACAUAGUGUGUGUACAUCGUGGGUUGUCCAUGGCAACCACAUGGAGUUACAUUCACUCUACAAUGGGCAAGUACAAGCUUCGACAUGAACGCUUUGAGACAGACCCCAAACUGCGAACGGCCUCUGCCACCUGUGUGACGAUAAGCUCCUGUGGGAACUUUGCCCUGAUUGGCUACAGCUCUGGUCAUGUGGAUAUGUGGAAUCUGCAGUCGGGGCUCUAUAGGGGUGGAUACGGUGAGCCAACAGCUCAUAGUACACCGGUCAGAGGUGUUGUAAUUGACGGCCUUAACCAAGUCACUGUCUCUGCCUCUGCUGAGGGGGACCUCAAGUUUUGGAAGUUCAAACGAAAGGAUCUGCUGGGGACUUUGAAACUGAACACGCCAAUUUCCAAAAUCAAUCUUCAUCGUGAAAGUUCUAUGCUAGCGGUAGCUUUGGAUGAUUUUGAGGUUCAUAUGGUUGACCUUGACACAAGACAAGUUGUCCGGGUCUUCUCUGGACACCGAAACAAGAUUACAGAUUUGACGUUCAGCAGCGAUGCUCGCUGGCUCAUCACCUCGUCUAUGGACUCAACCAUCCGGGUGUGGGAUGUCCCAACAGGAAGGUUGAUAGAUGUCUUCCUCCUGGAUUCAGCAGUCUCCAGUUUGUGCAUGUCACCCACGGGCGACUACUUGGUCACGUCUCAUGUGGAUGACCUUGGGGUGUAUCUGUGGGCAAACAUGACCUUGUUCAGACAUGUUCCCCUACAACCUUUACCCUCAGACUUUGAACCAAGCAUAUUAGAGAUGCCAUCAACAAGCAGGCAGUUAACAGGAGAAGUAGACGAGUCCAGUGCGCCUGAUGAAGAUGAAGUGUACCUAACAUCAGGGUUCAAAUCUCCAGAACAGCUCUCUGAUGAGCUGGUGACAUUAUCACUUUUACCCAACUCAAGGUGGCAGAAUUUGCUACAUUUGGAUGUAAUCAAGAUGAGAAACAAACCUAAGGAGCCGCCCAGAGUUCCCAAAUCUGCUCCGUUCUUUCUUCCUACUAUUCCUGGACUUGAACCACAGUUUGCUCCAAUGGAAGCAGAGGACACAAGUGAAAAGGGCAAAUCUCGUGUGGUAACAGGUCAUCUCCAGCCACUGACCGUUAUUGGUCAGGAGUUACUGCAGGCUUCAUCUACAGAAGAUUUUCGCUCCAUAUUGAAGAAGUUUAAGGAGCUUGGUCCAUCAGCCAUUGAUCUGGAGAUAAGAUCCCUGUCCUCAGACAAUGGUGGUUCUACUGAAUUGAUGGGUCAGUUCUUGAGAUUUAUUCAACAUAUCCUGGCCACCAAGAAGGACUUUGAACUGGCCCAUGCAUAUCUGGGGCUGUUUCUUAAGCUACAUGGUGAGCAAAUGACCUCUGAGCCCCACUUGAUAAUGGCUGCCAAAGAAUUAGCCAAUCAGCAAGAGGCUUCCUGGCAACAUCUUCAAAGAACGUUCAACCAGACUUUGUGUUUAGUGAACUAUCUCAGGAGUGCUACAUUGUGAUGUUAACUGUGGACGCUGCCUGGUGAACUGUGUGAAGAGAGAAACAUACUGUGUAGUAGUCCAGUGUGUUAGCUGCCCUGUGGGAGCCAACCAUUCGCCAGAUUGGUGUUACAGGUUUCCCACCUUCACUGAAACAAUUGUCUAUGCACUGAGAGCCAUGUGUUUAUAGCUGAGCAUAGAUAGACCUUACAGCUUGGAGCAACAUGGUUUGGGGCAACUGGAAGCAUCUUGAGAAAAAUCAGAUCAUCUAAUCAGAUUCUAGUUUUAGUGUAUCUGUGUGGUCACCGAGAACUCUUGACUAAGCAGUUGCUCGGAGUUGAACACAUUCUACUUUUCCGUAGCCUCAAGCAGCCAGUUAUGUCCAAUAGUAUCAGCCUGUGAGCGCUUUCACCCAGAUGAGCAGAGUUUGCCCAAGGUUGGUCAUUGUGGUGCAAUCGGUCCUGUGACAGUCACACUGCUAUGUCAAUGUUGACCGUUGCCGCCAGUUGUAGUCGUCCUAUACGCACUGGAGUCUGGUCAGACACAGAAUGAUUGAGUUGGACACAGAUGCAUUGUAAGUUAACCUAUGCCUGGCUUAAUACCUUGAGAUGUGCGACAAAGAAAU